AUGGAUCAUCAAGGGCAUAACCAAAAUCCGCCGAUGGGUGUUGUCGGUAGUGGAGGUCAAAUGCCGUAUGGAUCUAAUCCAUAUCAGCCAAACCAAAUGGCUGGGGCACCAGGAUCAGUUGUUACAGGGGGCAUGCAAUCAACUGGUCAACCUGCUGGAGCGCAGCUGGGUCAGCAUCAACUUGCUUAUCAGCAUAUUCAUCAGCAGCAACAGCAGCAACUUCAGCAACAGCUCCAAGCUUUUUGGGCAAACCAGUACCAAGAAAUUGAAAAGGUUACCGACUUCAAGAACCACAGCCUUCCCCUGGCAAGGAUCAAGAAGAUUAUGAAGGCUGAUGAGGAUGUUAGAAUGAUAUCAGCUGAGGCACCGGUCAUAUUUGCAAGGGCCUGUGAGAUGUUCAUAUUGGAGUUAACCCUGCGUUCAUGGAACCACACUGAAGAGAACAAAAGGAGGACGCUUCAGAAGAAUGAUAUUGCAGCUGCAAUCACAAGGACUGAUAUCUUUGAUUUCCUGGUUGACAUUGUGCCUCGCGAGGACCUGAAAGAUGAAGUGCUGGCAUCAAUCCCAAGAGGAACAAUGCCUGUUGGUGGACCUGCUGAUGCUCUUAACUACUGCUACAUGCCACCUCAGCAUGCCCCCCAAGUUGGUGCUGGUGGUGUCAUAAUGGGUAAGCCUGUGAUGGACCCAAAUAUGUAUGCUCAGCAGCCUCAUCCUUACAUGGCACCACAAAUGUGGCCACAGCCUCCAGACCAGCGACCACCAUCUCCAGAUCACUAG